GUUUCGCCGUUAUUAGAGAGAGAUACGUACGUCAGCUUCAUAUUUAGCAACCUUCGCUCUUUUGAAACCACGAUUCCGCUGGAAAGACGGUUACUAUACUAUCGCAAUCAGCGCGUAUUGCAGAACUGGUUUAUUAAAUCGAGCGGAACUUCACAUCAAGUUCUGAUCAUGUCCGCUUCCAGCGCCCGAGGGCACUAUGCCAACCCACCUUUGGAGGACGAGGACGACCUGAUCGACCCUGAUGAUGCUGAUCUCAACGACUUCGACGACCCUCUUGCGACCAACAACUCCCGUCAGCCCUUGACAGGCAACAUUGGCUCCAGCUCAUCAUCGCGACCGCUGAACGAAGGUUAUCUGACCUCGCGAAUCCCCGGAGAAGACCGAAGAGCUCCCCAAAAUACAAUUGACGAGUCCGUAUGGGAUACACUGCGCCGCGACCUGCUCGCUGUCUGGGCAAAGCUCAGAGAGGUGCUCUACCCACGCUAUCUCCUGGGCGGUACCAUGUUUGAUAACGAGGGAGGUCUGCGCGGUGCUUACUCCAGCAUCCGCGGCGCUGGUCUUUCAGGGACAAGAGAAGAACUCACCGGACUGGCAAGCCGUAUGGUUGAUGCUGAGGCUCUGCUCCAGAGCAACAUGACUCCUGGUCUUCGCGACUGGGAUCUCUGGGGUCCUCUGAUCUUCUGUCUGCUUCUAAGUGUUCUCCUGAGCAUCACCGCUCGAUCUGAGCAGCGCGAUGCUGUAUUCAGUGGUGUCUUUGCCAUGAUUUGGCUCGGUGAGGCUGUCGUGACGCUACAGAUCAAGCUGUUGGGUGGUAACAUCUCCUUCGCUCAGAGCGUCUGCAUCAUUGGAUAUACUCUUUUCCCUCUGGUUCUUGCUGCCAUGAUGUCUGCUCUAGGUCUUCACUGGAUUGCUCGCAUCCCCAUCUAUAUCGUCCUUAUCAGCUGGUCUCUGGCUGCUGGUGUCAGCAUUCUCGGUGGCAGCGGAGUUGUCAAGAACCGAGUAGCCAUUGCAGUGUACCCUCUGCUUGUCUUCUAUCUCGGUCUUGGCUGUCUGUGCUUUAUUAGCUAGGCCCAGGCUCGCAACCAGGAAACGCAUUUCAGUAUUCGGUUGCUGCAACUUGAAAAGACGGUGUGGUUAAAAGGGUUGAUUUAUACUGAUGUAUUCUUACUUGAAACGAACCGGAACCUUACUAGAACUGCGGUGUUGAGUGUUUCGGUGAUGGGGUGUCAUGGACUGAUUUCUAGGGUUCUUGAACUAUUCUUUACAAACAUGUAUCAAUUUUUAUCAUGAUAUGCUUCAUUGAAUAUGGCAGUUUGUUUGUUUUCCCAAAACGGAACAGAUCCCUGGCUUGAUUAACGUGGAGAUAAGGUACCAAGCCGUUGGGUCCUAUUCUAUUCUAGAUGCAGAGAUCUCUGGGCAUAUAAAAGACUGACAAUAUGAGAUGGCACACAUUCACGAAUCAUGCU